AUCAUAACGCCUUUAGCGCAUUUGCGAGUAUCGGCGGACAAGUAUGCCUUGUGUUUUGCAGCACUUCAGCUAUAGCGUCCCCGUCCUACUACUCAUUCCUGCUGCUGCGUUCUCCCCUUGCGCACCCCAACAGACCGGUAGGGGCAGAAUGUGGCUGCGAUGUUGGAAAGAGGAUAUAAACCGCCAUGAUACCUGCGUUCAUCCACGGAUGUCGCGGUACCUAGACCGAGGCUCGCCAAGACAGUGUUGACAUCCGGGACCGGGGUAUAGCCGCGACGGCCUUCGGCUUAGGGGUUAGCAACAUGCCCGCCUGCCUCGCUCAUAUAGGCUGCCAUUUCCCGAUGGCACUUCCUCGUGGGACAGCUCCCAGGGACCGGUAUUCGGGCCGUUUCCGCCGAAGAGCAUGUUAUGUUAGUAUGGGCCGAUUGUACCUGCGUACUUGCAUGCACAUGAAGCGUUUAGUUCUGGGUUGUGGUUGUGUCAGCAUAACCAGAUUUGGGAUCUUGGCAAUAACUAAGAAGGAACGCCGUAUGGCCACUCUCUUUGGAGAUGUAUUGUCACUCUGUUCAAGGAGUAGGGAUUGGGGGGGUUGGGGGCUGGGGGUGGUGCCAGACGACUCAGCUGAAAGCUUUUCAUAUGCCAAAUCGUGGUUGUCCAUGUUCGCGGAUCUCUCAAUUCAGUUAUUGGGACUAGAUAGGAGAAGUAAGAGGUAUGUUCAGUCUGGAAGUAAAGUGAGAAGAGCAAAAGACGCCUAGAGACAACCCUCGCACUUGUGUAAGACUAGAGACGGCACUGCGAGUGCCAUGAUUUGUUGGCAUCGCGGUACACUGGAAUUUUCCCUUGAGAAGACAUUCAAUCGAGUGUAGAAUGAUGCCUUGAGUCCAAAUCGGA